CUGAACACUUGCUUGAUGAAAGUCGUUAAAAUAUAAUUUCCUGACGAUCACGCUAUACUUUCCAGUUUGCAUUUUUGUUGCACAUACUCAACAACUUUCUUUUUUGGUUUCGUGGAAUUGUGUAUUUACUAUUGUGUUUACAUCACAGCGGUUAAAUUACCAGCUGAGGAGAAAUCAAGGAAAGUUCGUCAUCGCAUGUCAUCGUAUAAAUUACUUAUUUUUGUUGUAUUUUAUAAAUUACUCCACUUGAGACGGACUAUUUCUAAGAUAUCCAAUUUGUUCAGCAGUCUCAUGGGAGGGUCCGCAUGCCUUCUCAUGUUUUUAAAACUAUCUCGCAACCAAGGAUUUAGAUGCCAUAAGGAAGGUUGAUUUCGUCAAACUCAAUUCCGAUGUUCUCAGAGUUCUUUUCCAAUUUAGCGUUUUUUCCUUCACUUUUGGAUCCGGGUUACGGAGAAAUUUUGUGUGAAAUAAAGCUGCUGGGUGAUCAUAACCUACGUACUGACGAAGAAGAAAGUGACAAUUCAGGAAAAGUUUAUUCUCGUGGUCUCAGUCGUCUGUCAACAAUGACAAACUUCAUUAAAUAUGGAGUGGAAAGUACGUAGAAGAGAAGCCAUUUGCAGCAAAAACUGUCUACAGUUAGUAGAAAAAGUACUGAUUAUUGCCCAGACAAGUACAGGUCCAUCACAUUAUUAAAUCCAAGAUUCCUAUUUGUUAGCUGAAUGCUAUGUGUCAUGAGCUUCAUUAUUCAGGGAGCAUUACAUAAAGUAGGGUUUCGAGUUGUCAUGAUUGUGUGUUGUGGCAAAAUUUCCAUUAUGAGAUGAAAAUAACAACAUACUCAAAAAUUCGUUCGUGUCAGAAGCCUUGCGAGAUUUCACUGUAAUGACAUUGCUUGCGUGGCUUUUAACAACGAUGAAAUUAAUUCAAAAACGAAAUGGGAGUGCAACCACAACUUUUGGAGGAAAUUUACCAACCGGAACAUGCAACAUUAAGCACGAGAAAUAUUUCAGACUUUUGUAUGAUGUGGUUGCCUACCUGUUUCUUACGCAUAUUAUUUCUACAAAGAAUACAUCAAGUUAAUGCUAAACUUAUGUACAUGUAGCUGCCAUGUCUGUUCUAAUGGAAAACCUGGGAAGAUUGGGAAAGUAUAGACGAAUUCCCAUGGGGCAGAAUAAUAAACAUAUGUUCCAAGUAUUUAUUAGCAUUCAAUGACAACCACACAGUUGACAUUUAGGACGACUUUAUUAUUUUACCGACCGAACAAAACGACGCCUGAAUUUGAACCGUAUUAUUACAACGUUUAGAGAAACUGUUGACUUUACUAUUUCAAAUCUAAAAUUGUAGAUGUGCUGAAAAAGAAAGGAAGAUUGUAAUUUUGUUGAGCUAUGAACUAUAAUUUGCCAAAUUCAUCACUGUUAUUGACUUAUUUUAGUUCUUAGUUAAUCGCUAAAUACUUAAAUGCACCUUUGUACAUACAUAUGACUCAAUGCAUAUUAUCAGUUACAAAACCUAUACAUAGUUGGUUAGUGUUUCAAUAGCCAAGAUUUUGUUACUAGCCUCCACAGCAAUCUACUUUAAACUGGGUCAUAUUAACCCGCAUCGGGUAAUUGGGACAUAUAAUUUGAAGGGCAGGUGUGUAUGUUGGUUACAAAAUAUGUAUUCGUGGUGUCUGCUUAGCAGUGCCGCUUCUGGGAAUAGUUUCCAGCUGGACGAGACCGUGACCCUUUUGGAGCCGUCUGAUGAAGGAAGUAACGCCGAUUCGCAUCUGCAUUUCUAAACACAUUCACGCACAAACUGCAUUUUCUGCCGUCUGGUUAGUGUCGGAAGAUAAAUAUUUGCCAAAACACCGUGCCAGCCAUGAUGUGUUUGCAAAAUAAUACAGAGUUACAUAAACCACUAACUAAAAAUACUUGUUCAAUUUCGUCAGAUUUCUGGUGUACAAUUGUUGUCAAGUUGCUUGACUGAAUGCUACAGAAAACAUAUUGCACUAUUGGCAAAUAAUUUUAUUAAAAUUUACGUAUUCCUUCUUAUACCCCACCUACAUAUUUGCAUACAUAUAUACGUAUAAGUAGAUAUUUAUGUAAAUAUGCACACAACGUCCCUGUGGUUCAUCCAAUCUGUGCAUAAUAUGCACAGAUAAGUAUGUAUAAUCCUAAUAUAAUCAAGUUGAUGUCACCUUAUGAAAGGAUCUCAAGAGGAUAACAAAACAAGGGAUGUCUCAACUUUAUCUUUGUAAUUCAAAGUGGUAUCUUUUUCAUCUCUGUGUUGGCCCAAGCGAGAAGAACACAAAUAAACUGUAUCUUCUCUCUCUCUCUCUCACUCUUUGUGAAUUUUGGAUCUUUAUGAGCUAUGUGGAAUCUGCUUUCUUCCGCACUGUCGGAUCAUAUAUACUCAAAAUCAUGAUCCGACGUAAGAUGAAUAGUUUACCCUAAAAUUUUAACAUUGAGCGACAUCCAGCUACCCUUCCUUUGACAAAACUCGUAAGCAGAUUGGGUAAUGCAAGAUUCUACGACUGGAUGUGUGUGAAAGUGGAAAAGUUUUCCAUUAAUAUUAAAUAUUCUGAUAUGUGCGUAUUCGAAUCAUGAAAAUGAACCAAAUAUGUCAUUUCAUAAUAGGAAUUUGGUCCCGAGACUUUAUUCGGUGUACGUACAGCAGAUGGUCCGCAUGGAAAAAUUGUCAGGAUUUGCAUUGCAGUUCACAUCCCAUUCUGUUGUAUCGGGAAGGGCUUGGUUGUGGGUUCGACAAGAGAAAUCGCCCGCAGACCCAAACGAGAUGAAACUAGAGAAGGAACGCAGUUUAGUAAUGCCAUUCAAUCCGGGUCAGUAGUUGAGUGAGCUGGUUCUUCCCUUUUACUUCGGUCGUCUUCAUCCGCUGCAGCCGGGCUGCUUGCUCAGUCAGAUAAAAUCCUUUCUCUCUUGAGCAGAGUGAAAAUCCAGUGUGAGCCGUCACCAUCAUCACACGGGCCAAUAUUCCACUACUCUAAUUUCCCUUUUCACACUUUCUCAUUCCGAAAGUGGCACUUUUUCCACUUCUGAACUCGUCCAAAUUUCAACUUCCCACUCACGUUAUUCCGAGUUGUAGGAGAGAGUAAAAGUGGAUGGAAGUCUGUCAUGGACGUUGUGAAAUGGACUGGUCUGGAAUUUUGUGGUUGUGACAAAUUGGAUUUCCUGGUUUGCUACCCUUGAGUCAGUCAGUAAAAUAUUUGCAAACAAUUUGAUCAUAGUGAGAUUCCAGUUGAGAUUUUUCAGUGUGAGCAUCAACAAGUUCAUGGUUGUGACAGGUUCCUGAGCUGGCUAUUAUUAGGCAAUUGUGGACAAGAGAGUGGAUUAGGAGAGACAGUUGAAAUAAUGUUGGUUGAUGAAAUUGCCCGUACACAUUUGCUAAUUAGCCAGAAUGGGUGACUUUGGAGAAAAUUCAACUUUCUUCUCCGCUGAGGAUUCUGCUACAACGUCAAGACCAGAUUAUACAAACAAUUUGGAUGAUAUAUUUUCUGUGAAUAGAUUAUCCUAUGUGGCGGAGCUUGUGGAGCACUACUACACGCCUCUUUUAUGUUGUGUGGGGGCGAUCGGUAAUUGUCUGAGUCUCGCUGUGUUCUGCUUCAAUGCAAAUCAGCGAAACCUCUCGUCCUCGUAUUAUCUCUCCGCACUCGCCAUUAGUGACACAGGCUUCCUCAUCACCGUAUUUGUUUUUUGGCUGGAGACGUUUGGGCCGGGUGUCCUAUCCUCCAAACUUGGCUGUCCAUUCAUCAUGUACUCGGGACAAGUGACCUGCUUCCUUAGCGUGUGGCUAACGGUUUCAUUCACCAUCGAGCGGUACUUUGCUGUCAUGCAUCCACUUAGAUGCUCCUCCGUGUGUACAGUCUCCAAAGCCAAGAAAGUGAUUUUUAGUCUCACGACGUUUGCCAUCAUUGCUUUCUCCUACGCACUUCUUAUUGCCAGGGUUGAAGACACAGCAAACAUCCGGAAUGACGACUACUUAUUGCAUCAACAAAAUCAUGACGACAAUCAUACUACUCCGACAUCUGUGAUUGAACAGAGCUUUACUCCCCAAAGAGAAAGUUUAAUUCCACUUCAUCUCAAUCAUCAAGAGUCUAGCAACGACUUUCUCCACUCCUUAAAGAUGAAUAGAGCCGGGUGCUUUGAGGAGGAGAGCUGCCAACGGCAAUUCGCUAAUAGUGUCAGAGGUGACGGAGGCGAAACCUUUUCUAACUUGGAUGAAAGUGAUGGCCAAGUCGGACGUGGAGGCAUGACGGGAUUCCCAUCAAAUGGCGACGACAACGACGGAGACUCCAUUCUCGGGAACCCAUUGAUGACCAUGUUUAAUUCAACGACGAUGCUCAUAAAUCUCAACAAGGGUGACAGCAGCACAGGCUACGAAGGAGCGGAGAAAGGAGGCGAGUCUCACCAACCCGAAUUGCGAUGCACAGUACCAUUAAAAUACAUCACGGUUUCUAUCAUCGCAAAUUACUUGGACUCUGUAAUCACGCUCAUCAUUCCCUUCUGCCUCAUCACCUAUUUCAACGUGCGGAUCGCCGUGUGUGUCUGGAGGCUAAAAGAUGAGCGAAAGAGGAUCGUGGCUGGGACCGUGAUGAGUCGUCGUAAAUUAAAUCAAAUAUCAACUCCGAGUAGUCAAACAUCCACCGGGGCGAAGAGUUACUUGGGAAGAAUGGUUCGACGUGGACGGCCACCACAGGAUGCAGAAGAGGCGGCUCAAGAACUUCGCCCCAUCAACCACAUCCACCACCAGCGUGAUGGGUGGACUUGCCAAAUGUGUGGCCGUGUACCAGGUGGUGACAGCUCCAAUCUCAACUUGAUGGAACAAUUCCCGGAACAACGAACCAAUGCCAACCAUGUAAACGUCGGACAUUUAUCUCAGCAACAAAACGAAAUUAGUUGUCCAGGAUGUAAAUCUUUACAAAGUCAACCCACAUUGAAUGAAUCCGGUAGUCUGGUUUCCCUUCCGGCGUCUCUUGAGAAUAGGACGACAGCGCUAAGAGAACGGAAUCUUCCAAGCAAUUGUGCACACAAUUGUUCUUCAUCAACCACAAAUCCAGUUUUACUGCCAACAGAGCUUUCUCCAGCUCUUGAUCUCAACCGCAGAGUUGGCCAAUCUGUACAGAAUUCACAAUUGAGAUCAUUCAAAAACCUGAUUCCCAACACGUUACACGGAAUGGGGAUCAUAAGUCGACGGGGCAAUCUCACAGUCUGCAAUACUCCACAAAGUACAAUCUCAUCGUCGUCGGAAACACGAGUCACCAAAAUGCUGUUGCUGGUCUCCACUUCGUUCCUGAUUCUCAACUUACCCUCUCAUGCCAUUCGCUUGCUCGUCUUUCUCCAGUCUGUCUUCUGGGGGGACGAUAUAGAGGUCAUGCGUAGGUUGUAUGCAGCACAGCAGCUCUCCAAUGUCUUGCUCUUCAAUACCAACUUCGCAUCAAAUUUUAUUCUCUAUUGUCUCAGUGGGCGGAACUUUCGUAAAUCGCUGUGGAAUGUUCUCUUUGGCAGAUGCCAUAAAAAUAAGAGGAGGUCGCCGAGGUCGUUUGCCAACACAACUCUCAAAAAAACGGUCCGAUUUGUGCCAAGCGGUAACCGAGCAGACGGAAACACAGUGGUUGAGGCGAACGAAGUAAUACAACAACCCGCAUUUCCAAAGAAUGUAACAAAAACGGAUAUUACGAACGAGUUUGAAUCAAUUGAAUUGGAUACGUCGAUUGUGUAAGUGGAUCUGACCUUGACUACCUCAGACUAUUUUCAUCUGAGUACCUGUCGAGAUUAAUCAAACUUAAACCCACUGAAUAGAGAUCUCAAUAUUUACCAAGCUUUGAUGUUAUAAAUAUAAAUACACAUUUAUGCAUACAUUUAAAAUAUGAUGAAAUUUUGUAUAAGUACAAGCUUGUGCCAAAUAAAGGAUUUGCUAUUGAAGUAUGCUAUAGACUACUCAAAUUAUUAAUAAAGUAUAUCUACUAGCAUUAAUUUAUAUAAUCCUUAUGUAAGUAUUUGAAAGUAUAUUAUAUUAUUGCAAAAUUUUAAUUGUAUGUCACUGAAGUAGCAUGUCACUAUCCUUUCCUUCGUUUAUUUUGUCGUAUCCUCAUUUACAAAGUACACAGAGUAAGGAAAUUGUUUGCAAUUUAGUAAACGAACUCGACAAACAUGAUAAAUGUCUUUAUGUAUUUAUUAUUCACCAAACAAACCAAUUAAAAUUUGUCUGUAAUUAUCAAGGACAGUGUUUAGUGUCAAGUUAAAAAUUUAAAAGUUUGUAAAUAUUCAGUGGUAAUAAUAAAUGGCAGAAAUACCACCUCCUUUCCAUUGAAUGCCCAAAAUUUUAAAUAUUAAUAAGCAGCAAGGGUCUAGAAUUUGUCCGCUGCCUUGUCAAAUAUGUAAUCUAAUUGCUGACGACGUUGAAUGUGCUUUGUGAGCAUUUCAAUAAAGAACGAGACAGUUUCA